AAUGUUGGUAAUUUAGUAAUGAGCCCUUAACUGGUGACAGUGUGUCAUAUGACUCUAUAAGUGAAGCUCAGUCUCAUCAAAAGCGAGUCUGAAGAAUUGCGCUUGCAGCGACUAUCUGACCGAUCAUGACGACUCACGAGUUUUUUGUUGAUAUGACAUGUGAAGGAUGUUCUGGUGCAGUCACUCGAGUUCUUAAAAAACUGGAUGUCAAAUUUGACAUUGAUCUCCCCAACAAGAAGGUCUUCAUUGAGUCAGACAAAGACACCGAUGUUCUUCUGGAAACACUGAAAAAGACUGGGAAAACAGUUACCUACAUUGGUCCAAAAUGAAAAAUUAUACAUGAAGGUCAGAAUUGUGCUGCUUUGCAGACUAUGAAGUGAGACUACCCCAUUGGACUGUACAUGACACAUCAGAUAAAUGACUUUGGGACCACUGGAAGGAUUUUGAUAAAUCUGUUCAGCUGAGCACCAUGAAGAGAAUCUACCAGGUUCAUAUAUACACUACCGGUCAAAAGUUUUGAAACACUUGACUGAAAUGUUUCUCAUAAUCUUAAAAAUCUUUUGAUCUGAAGGCGUAUGCUUAAAUGUUUGAAAUUAGUUUUGGAGACAAAAAUAUAAUUGUGCCACCAUAUGAAUUUAUUUCAUUAUAAAACUAAAAUUUAAUUUAAAAAAAGUUUUUGAAAUUGAUGACUUGGACCGAAUAAUAAAGAAAAGCAACUAAUAAGUGCCCAUCAUAGAUGGGAACUCCUUCAAUACUGUUUAAAAAGCAUCCCAGGGAGCUGGUUGGUAAAUAUAUAUCAAGAAGUUGGUUGAGAAAAUGUCAAGAAUACAUGUCUGCAAAUUCUAGGCGAAGGGUGACUACUUUGAAGAUGCUAAAAUAUAACACAGUUUUGAUUUAUUUUGGAUUUUGUUUAGUCACAACAUAAUUCCCAUAGUUCCAUUUAUGUUAUUCCAUAGUUUUAAUGACUUUACUAUUAUUCUAAAAUGUGAAAAACUGACUGGUAGUGUAUAUAUUUUGGAAAAUAUAAAUAUGCUGAAAUGUACCUGUUUACUUUGUUCAUGUUGUUGAUUUGCCAAAUCAAAACACUUAAAAAAAUACACUGCAUCUCUGUCUACUUGUGAUUGUUUGAGUGGCCAGAUGUCAAAAUAAAGAUUCCAGAUGCUC